AUGCAGUGCCUGAAUAGGAUCAUGGCAGAAUCACUGGGCCUCAUCACCAUCUGCCUUUUAGGAUAUCUACUCAGUGCUGAAUGUACAGUUUUUCUUGAUCGCAAAAAUGCCACCAAAAUUCUGAAUCGGCCAAAGAGGUAUAAUUCAGGUAAACUGGAAGAGUUUGUUCAAGGUAACCUUGAGAGAGAAUGUAUGGAAGAAAAGUGUAGUUUUGAAGAAGCCCGAGAAGUUUUUGAAAACACUGAAAAAACCACUGAAUUUUGGAAGCAAUACGUUGAUGGAGACCAAUGUGAGUCCAAUCCCUGUUUAAAUGGCGGCAUAUGCAAAGAUGAUAUUAAUUCCUAUGAAUGUUGGUGUCAAGCUGGAUUUGAAGGAAAGAACUGUGAAUUAGAUGUAACGUGCAACAUUAAGAAUGGCAGAUGCAAGCAGUUUUGUAAAUUGGGCGCUGGUAACAAGGUGGUUUGCUCCUGUACCACGGGGUACCAACUUGCGGGAGACCAAAGGUCCUGCGAACCAGCAGUGCCAUUUCCAUGUGGAAGAGUCUCUGUCCCGCACGUUUCUACGACACUCACCCGUGCUGAAACUUUUUUUUCCAAUAUGGACUAUGAAAAUUCCACUGAAGUGGAAAAAAAUUUCGAGAACCUCACCCAACCUCUCAACGACCUUACUCGAAUUGUUGGUGGAAAAGAUGCCAAACCAGGUCAAUUCCCUUGGCAGGUCCUUUUGAAUGGGAAAGUUGAUGCAUUCUGUGGAGGUUCCAUCAUCAAUGAAAAAUGGGUGGUAACUGCAGCCCACUGCAUUGAGCCUGAUGAUAAAAUUACCGUGGUUGCAGGUGAAUAUAACACCGAGGUGAGGGAACCUACGGAGCAAAAGCGAAAUGUGAUUCGCACUAUUCUUCACCACAGCUACAACGCAACUAUUAACAAGUACAACCAUGACAUUGCCCUUUUGGAACUGGAUGAGCCCUUAACGCUAAAUAGCUAUGUAACACCUAUUUGCGUUGCUGACAGGGAAUACACGAACAUCUUCCUCAAAUUUGGAUCCGGCUACGUGAGUGGCUGGGGGAGAGUCUUCAACAGAGGGAGAUCAGCUUCAAUUCUUCAGUACCUUAAAGUUCCACUUGUUGACCGAGCCACAUGCCUUCGCUCCACAAAGUUCACCAUCUAUAAUAACAUGUUCUGUGCUGGCUUCCAUGAGGGAGGUAAAGAUUCAUGUCAGGGAGAUAGUGGGGGACCCCAUAUUACCGAAGUGGAAGGCAUCAGUUUCUUAACUGGAAUCAUUAGCUGGGGUGAAGAGUGUGCAAUGAAAGGAAAAUACGGAAUAUAUACCAAGGUGUCCCGGUACGUCAACUGGAUCAAAGAAAAGACAAAGCUCAACUAAAGAAAAAAAAAAUGUAUUUCCAAGGUUGACAUAUUUGGGGUU